GUGUGACAGUAAGUGAGACGCAGCCAAUGACUCAGUCCCCACAUAACUGCUGUGUUUCAAUCCUUUCAAACCGGUGAGAUGGGGAAAGAGGAAUUGUGAGAGCACGACUUUUUCAUAUCCUCAGACAAUGUUCAGAGCCCUUUAAACUUCAGAUGGCCAUCAGACACCACUUCCUCUGCUGCUGACUUUCUGACAGGAAUCUACAGUGUAAGAGUGUAUGAAUGAGGUGCGUGUGCUAGACUGAUCUCAGAUUGCAACAGAGGAGUGACUACAUUAUGAAGAUCAAGAAAGCUUUAGGUGAAGGCUGUGACAACUAUAUGACACACGGAUCCUAUGGGCCAUUAGGAUGGGACAGGAGAGCUCAGCUCUUUCCCUUUAACACUCUAAUCAGGCCAGAGCACUCAGUCUGGGGCUACGACGGCAUCGGGAAACACCGGCUGCCUCUGACCCCUCACAACGCUGAUAUGCACAACGUCAACAACUCAGUGGACAUUAAGCCAGAGGUUCCACUGGCUCUUGAUCCAGGCUCCCCGUUGGACUUGCGUACAGACGUUAGGAUGCAGGGUUCUGCUUCGGACCCCAUUGUGUGGGAAAGACAACUUCAACAAGAGCUGCUCCUUAUUCAGAAGCAGCAGCAGAUUCAGAAACAGUUACUCAUCAGUGAGUUCCAGAAACAGCACGAGAACCUGGUUCGCCAGCACCAGGCACAGAUACAGGAGCAUUUGAAGUUGCAGCAGGAACUACAUGUCAUGAAGCAACAACAGGAGCAGCUGGAGAAAGAGAGGAAACUAGAGCUACAGAGUCAGGAGAGAGAACUGGAGAGGCAUCGGCGUGAACAACAAGUCCUGGUCCUCCGCAACAGAGAGCGGAGCAGAGAGAGUCUGACAGGUGCAGCGGCCAGCACUGAGGUCAAGCAGAAACUACAAGAGUUUCUGUUGAGUAAAUCCACCAAAGACGGCAUGUCAAAUGGGGUCCCCCAGAAAAUCACACAGGGCUCCAAAAUGUGGUACACGGCCUCCCAUCACACCUCUCUGGAGCAAAGUUCACCUCCUUUGGGAGGCGCGUCCUCCUCCUACAAGAUCUCCCUGCCCUCCCCACAGGACUGCCGGGACGACUUUCCUCUGAGGAAGACAGUCUCAGAGCCCAAUCUAAAGGUGCGGUCCAGGUUAAAGCAGAAGGUUGCAGAGAGGAGGAGCAGCCCACUUCUCAGGAGGAAGGAGGGGAGCAUCAUGACACCCUUCAAAAAGAGAGCCCUGGAGCUUCUGGAAUCCACAGCCAGCAGCAGUGCACCAGGAUCGGGGCCCAGUUCACCCAACGGGGCCUGCAGUGCCUUAGGGGCUGAAAACGGACCCUCUUCACUACCAGUCACCACACGCACUGAGCGGUGGCCGUCACAGUCCAGGUUAUUAGGGCCUGAAAGCUCAAUGUCUAUGUUAAAUCUCUAUACGUCUCCAUCACUGCCCAAUAUCUCCCUGGGUCUCCCGGCUGCCUCCUCUCCCAUCAGUGCUGCUUUAGGACUUCAGGAGAAGCAUGUUGAGGCUGGUGGUGUAUCAGCGGUCAUUCAGGGUUUGCCCACGCACCUUCUGGGUCCAGUUCCCCUGUCUGUUGCGAUGGAGACCAAAGUGAGCAGCAGCCACCAAGCUCUCCUGCAGCACCUCCUCCAGAAGGAACAACUUCGCCACCAAAAGAUCCUCUCUACUGGUCAAAGUCCUGUGCAUCCUCCCUCUCCGCUGGCCAUGAUGGAAAGCUCUCCAAGCAGCACCCGACCCAAACUGCCUCGUCACCGGCCCUUAAACCGCACCCAAUCUGCUCCGCUGCCCCAGAGCACACUAGCUCAACUUGUGAUUCAGCAGCAACAUCAGAACUUCCUGGAGAAGCAGAAACAGUACCAGCAACAGAUCCACAUCAACAAGAUGCUGUCGAAAUCCAUCGAGCAGCUCCGUCAGCCGAACGUCCACCUGCAGGAGUCAGAGGAGGAAGAGGGAGAGGAUUUUCAUGACCAUCCCAUGCAGGAGGACAGCUCGCCCUCUGGUGGUGUCAUCAGGAGGCACAGUCCCGACAGCAACCGCAGCUCCGGAUCACCCAUCGAGCCACUGGACACUCACCCUGGGGUCAUCCGGGUCAAAGAGGAGCCCGAUGCCAGCGAUGAUGAGACAAUGGCCACUCAGAGCCUGGCUGACAGGCAGAGCUCCUACAUUCACCAGGUGAACGGGAGGAUGGUGAUACAGGCCAUGAUAUGAAACGACAGAUACAUCUUCACACUUGCACACGAAGGCACAGGCUGACACACACACGACAUGCUUACACGACACAGAGCCAUUGCUUUUGGAGCUUCGGAACCGGUCGCAUUCGUGAACUUGUGAAGUGAUCUGUGUAUUGUACGUUGUAUGUUUUGUAUAUAAUUGAAUAAGAUGAGAAUUUUAGCCCACUUGGUCUUUUAAAUGCUAAGAAGCAAUUCUUGAUUGUUUGUUGAAAUAAUAAUUUAACAAAUCAUUUCUACUUUCUAUCCGCUCUUUGAGAAACUGCAACUCAAAGCUCUUGUAGGAUAUUUCUGUGAUUUUCCCAUGGCACUAUGGAUUUCUUAUAGAUCUUAAUUUGCUUUAAAUGAAUGUUAUUAUAAAGAUAUGUUACAGUACGUAAGAGUAAGCUUAUUGUUUGCUGAAAGACUUACAGAUCGUCUGGGGACAAAGUCGGUAAAUGCACACAAC